UGAGGAACAAAAGCUGCCUCCGGGAGGCCCCCAGGCAGACGGACCAGGGACCGGAGAGUCGCUGCUAGACCCAGGAAAGGCUCUCCCAGCCUCGCGGCCCCCACGCCACAAGUGGGUGCUCACGGGUGCUGACGGUCCACGUGCGGAAGCAAGGACACUGUCAGCAUGAACUGGGCAUCCCUGCAGGCCCUCCUGAGCGGCGUGAACAAGUACUCCACAGCGCUGGGCCGCAUCUGGCUGUCGGUGGUGUUCAUCUUCCGCGUGCUGGUGUACGUGGUGGCGGCCGAGGAGGUGUGGGAUGAUGAACAGAAGGACUUCGUCUGCAACACCAAGCAGCCGGGCUGCCCCAACGUCUGCUACGAUGAGUUCUUCCCCGUGUCCCACGUGCGCCUCUGGGCCCUGCAGCUCAUCCUGGUCACCUGUCCCUCGCUGCUCGUGGUCAUGCACGUGGCCUACCGCCAGGAGCGCGAGCGCAAGCACCGCCUGAAGCACGGGCCCAACGCCCCGUCCCUGUACAACAACCCAAGCAAGAAGCGAGGCGGGCUCUGGUGGACAUACCUGCUGAGUCUCAUCUUCAAGGCUGCUGUCGACAUCAGCUUCCUCUACAUCUUCCACUGCCUCUACCAGGAUUAUGACAUGCCCCGGGUGGUGGCCUGCUCCGAGUCACCUUGCCCCCACACGGUAGACUGCUACAUCUCCCGACCCACAGAGAAGAAGGUCUUCACCUACUUCAUGGUGGCCACAGCUGUGAUCUGCAUCCUGCUCAACCUCAGUGAGGUCACCUACCUGGUGGGCAAGAGGUGCCUGGAGACCUUCAGUCCGAGGCGGAAGCGGUCUCGGCACCGGGACCACCUGCCUGACACGUGCCCCCCGUAUGUCCUCUCCCAGGGGGAGCACCCCCAAGAUGGGAACUCUGUCUUAAUGAAGGCUGGGUCGGCCACCGUGGAUGCAGGUGGGUUUCCAUAACCUGUGAGGUCGGUAGCGAGGACCACCAGGGCCGUGGUCUGGUCCCUAAAGCCACGGCAGGGCGGUGGCAUCUUUUCCGCGGCAGGGCAGGUGGGGAAGACGGUUGCAGGGCUCAGGAAGCCCCCCCAGGGGACAGUGCUUGAGAGCAGUUUGGUCUCUGGGUCCCGAGCGCCAGGGGAGGGAGGUUGACGGCUGGUGGGAAUUUUGUAUAUGGUAAUAGAAUAUGUGAAAACCGUCAAUAAAUAUGAUUUUCCCAGUG